GAGAGAUCGAUGCAGCUAUCCCACUAACUUUCUUUUUUCUUAACCAUGCUUUCGGCACCCUUAGUUAUUUUGCUCUGCAAAGUCAAUACAUUCAUAAGAAUGUUAGAGAGAAAAGAAAUACAGGAGCGCUGCACGAACUACAUUUGUCAACUUUUGCGAGACAUGGUGCUACCCUAUAAAAUGUCAUCAACUUGUUGACCUGAAACAACACAGCAGACAGAAGCAUCAAUCUUUCUCUCUACUCACCUAAAGCAGUAGCAGUAAGCAGCAGGCAAAGCUAGUAGCUUACAAUCUUGGCACUGCAACGACAUGGCAAGAAGUUGCCUCGCUGCGUUUCUUCUCUGCAUGGCCAGCUUCCUCUCCGCCGUCGCCGGCCAACUCCGGCCAAUGCCUGCGGGUGGCCUUCCCAGUGAUCUCGUUGCCCUAGGAAUGGCCUCGAAGAUCCAAACCGACCGCAACUCGACGGCGAGGGCGUCAUCAGACUUUGGCCGCAUGGUGGAGGCGGCGCCGGAAGCCGUUCUACAGCCUGCCACGGCCGCCGACAUCGCCGAGCUCAUCCGGUUUUCCACGUCGUCGCCGGUGCCAUUCCCCGUGUCACCACGCGGGCAGGGCCAUUCCGUCCGCGGGCAGUCUCUCGCUCCAGGCGGCGUCGUGGUCGACAUGCGCGCGCUGGGGCGUGGUGACCACCGCAUCAACGUGUCUGCAGACUACGUCGACGCCGGCGGCGAGCAGCUGUGGGUCGACGUCCUCCGCGGGACGCUGACGCACGGUCUCGCGCCCUGUGCGUGGACGGACUACCUGCGGCUCACCGUCGGUGGCACACUUUCUAACGCCGGCAUCGGCGGGCAAGCGUUCCGGCACGGCCCGCAGAUCGCCAACGUGCACGAGCUCGACGUGGUUACCGGGACGGGUGAGAUGGUGACAUGCUCACCUCACAAAAGGAAGGACCUGUUCUUCGCGGUGUUAGGCGGGCUGGGCCAGUUUGGGAUCAUAACUCGGGCGCGGAUCGCGCUUGAGCCGGCCCCAAAGCAGGUGCGCUGGGUUCGACUCGCCUACUCAGACGUGGUUGCGUUCACCAGAGACCAGGAGCUGCUCAUUUCCAAGCAGGCUAGCGAAGCCGGGUUCGACUAUGUGGAGGGCCAAGUCCAGCUUAAUCGGACACUAACCGAGGGGCCCAAGUCGACGCCUUUCUUCUCCGAAGCCGACAUCAACAGGCUUGCUUCCCUCGCGUCGGAGACUGGCUCCAGGGCGAUCUACUUCAUCGAAGCCGCAAUGUACUACGAUGAGACCACUGCCCCUUACGUCGAUCAGAAACUAGAGACGGUGCUAGCUCAACUGAGCUUUGUACCCGGGUUCGUGUUCACCAAGGAUGUGACGUACUUGCAGUUCCUCGACCGCGUGCGCGUGGAGGAGGUUGUGCUUCGGUCUGCUGGCGUGUGGGAUGUGCCACACCCAUGGCUGAACCUCUUCAUCCCCCGUUCACGCAUUCUCGACUUCGACGCUGGCGUGCUCAAAGGCAUCCUCGGGGGUGACAACCCAGUCGGGCUCAUCCUCAUGUACCCCAUGAACACGGCCAAAUGGAACUCCCAGAUGACGGCGGUAACGCCACCCACUCGCGAGGACGUAUUCUACACCGUGGGACUUCUCCGGUCGGCUCUAUCCACCAAUGAACUGGAGCGGCUACAGAGGGAGAACCAGUCGGUGCUAGCAUUUUGCGACAAGGAGGGCAUUGAGUGCAAGCAGUAUCUGCCACACUACACGUGUCAAGAUGGAUGGCGGCGACAUUUUGGCCCCAAGUGGAGGAAAAUCACACAACUCAAGGCCAAAUAUGACCCCCACGCCAUAAUGUCGCCAGGGCAGAGAAUUUUUCAAUUGCCAAGUGUGCCAACGACAAGCACUACAGCCGCAUAAUUGGUGCGGACACUGCUGACAUUUUUUCUAUUAGAUACCCUCACAUGUCUAACAAUAUAUAGGAGAACUUUUGGGUAUAUGUACCGUAGAAAUGUGGUCUUUUGGUAGAGAAUUCUGUAAAUU